UACCGAUACUGGUGUCUCGUAGCAGUACGGUAUCAAAUGCCGCAAUAUUAUUGUUAUGACGGUGAAGGGUCGUUUUUUGUCACUUCCACACUUCGCUCCUCAAUCAUUGCGGACAGCUCCUAUCGGUAUCCAACGGCCUCCAUUAUUUCUUCUUCGUUCCCUCUCUUUCACAGCCAGCCGCAGAGUGACAGUCAAGUGUUCCUGUCAUUGCAGCUUCUUCCACCGCUUCACGCCUUCCAUCAUCGUCAUUGCAGCAGUGCAUCCUUGACUCUUCUUGUUGUGUGCCCACGUCUGAGGAAAUUGACGAAAUGCCCAAUCGCCGACGCCCUCCCUCGUUGAGGAAGAAUCGCCUCAAGUCCACCCUCGAGAUUCCAUCAUCACCAAAACCUCAAAGACAGAUACUACUCUUGUUUACGCGUGAGCAAUGCUGAAGCAAUGCAAGUAGUUGCUAUUUGCGAGCAGUGUCCUUCUCUGGCCACCAGCACAUUCAAAGACAAUAUUACGCCUCUCUCCUUUUUGAUCGUGGCCAACGCAAGCUUGGAAGUGAUCCAGUCGUUUUGCCAGAAGUUCCCGAAUGCGGCGAAGGUGAAAUGGUGCCCCCCAGGCUUUUCUCCUCAGGUACUACCGCUCGAAACAGCCAUAAAUUAUGGGUACCACCCGGGCUGUGGAGUCAUCCCUUGUUUGGUGGAAUUGUAUCCCAAUGCAGCACACACUGAUUUAGUUGUUCGGCUUGUUCACUACGAGGACGGAGUCAUGGAGGAUAUCAAAGCAUUGUUGGAAGGCAUUUUACGAAGCGGCGGUUUUCAAACGAAGGAAGACCAAGAGAAUCUGCUUCAUCGUGUCUGGUCAGAAGACCCCCACCCAAAUGUGCUGGAAUACCUUAUUCCAAAGUGUCCACGCGUUUCACAAUACCCAAUCUUGGAGAAUACCUGCUAUGAACCUCAACCGGGGAUAAUUACAAAGUUGCUGCCUCAGCUUGUGAAAUUGGAUCUCACCGUCAGCUUGGAACUACCUGGGCGGCAGAAUUUCCCAGAAGCAUUGGGGGCAUCCCAUUGCCUGGAAGAGCUCACUUUGCGAUUUGGGACGCGGCUGGCUCCAGUCUGGGACGACCAAGUUCCCACGUCUGUUGCGGAGUGGGCUUGGGCUGCUAUGUACACCGCCAUUGGUUCCGUUCCAACUCUCAAGAAGCUGUGGUUGUCAAAACAGCUCGAUCUGCCCAAGAGCAAUGAUGGUAUCACAGCGGCAGUAGUGAAAAUCUUGGGACGGAACACGUUGGAUUCUUUGACUUUGAAGGGCUUUCGUGUUGACCUUGAUGUCAUUAUUGCAGCUCUCAUGCAGUCUGCGGCUCCCCUUCGAGAGUUGGACAUCCGCAAAGAUUGUGUGGAACUGCACCAGCGUAAAAAGAUCCUGGAUUGUUUGAAGACAGAAAAUACUACCUUGACUCGCCUGGGAGGCCACCUGGUGGUUGUCGGUGGAAUCACUGACCAACUCAACUACUUUACACUACUCAACAAAAUGGGGCGUGGUUUGGCUCGGGACACUUCGACAACUGCAACUGUUCUCGUUGGGCUUUUGCACAAUGCAAACAAAGAUGGGGACAUUGCGGCCGAUGUGACCAAACUGGGUGUCCUCUAUGGCCUAUUGCGAGAGUCCCCCAGCAUCUGGUGCUUCAAUUAGAACUGGUGGAAGAUUUGCUUUGCAAUGCAAUGUGUGAGUUUUCGAAAGUUGAUGCCUCAGCUGAUGGAGAGAAAAGCACUCGAUUGAGUGGUUGCUUGUAGCCUCUUGAUACCAAGCCGAAACUCAAAGCUUUAGGAAGGAAGAACUAUACAUGUGUUCACCGCUGCAUGUAGUGUUCAGUUUCUCAACUA